AUGUUUGCUGGCAAGAUGCCCAAGUGCAACGUGUUCGUUCAGGUCGUCGACCAUAACGUGUUCGACGAUAGCACCGUGCUGCAGGUCACCUUGGUGCCUACUAGUGGAGAGAACAGCACUCGCGUCGCCCAGUAUAUCCAGAGCGAGUCUGGGAUACGCAGCAUGAGCCUGCUGUUGGAAGAUGCCAUGUCCUCGAUGACGAUCUUGGCAGACAUCGCAACGGGGGCGGUGACACUACAUUCUCUGAAAGAGGCUGGGCAAGACGGACACCUGCAGCACACGGUCGCGGACGUUACGCAGGGCUCCAGCGCCAUCCCAAUGGGAGCAACGACUAUCGGAAAGGGAGACGUGAUUACCAUCGGACCCGAGGGGCGAGAGGAGCUGACCGUCGUGUCGCACAACAACGGCAGCUUGGAGGUUCGGCCUCCGCUGAGCCGCUCGUAUCCGACGGGGACGAUUGUCAUCCGGAUACCGCCACGUUUUGAGGAGGAGAUUGCGUCGGAGACUACCUCCGCACCCGCUUCUCCCAGCGAUGAUGCGGAGGCGGACAUCGCUUCGGAGCCUGCCUCGGCAGCCACGCCGGCUCCCAGCGACGUUGCGGAGCUCAGCGACGGACCUACAUCGGCACCUACACCGGCACCGACCUCUGCACCUGCGCCACACCCGCGCCCCCGGCAGGGGAUGCGGAAGUCCAGCAGCCGCCAGCACCAGGGCGGGGAGGUCACGUCACGCAGAGCGUCACCAUCAGCAACCUGCCCAGAGACCAGCUGGAUGCUCGGAGCAGGGCCGUGGUGGAGAGCCAGAUCAGGGAGGCCUACGCCGACGCUCUCGACCUGAGCCCCUCGCAGGUGGCGGCCACCGUCAAGGCCGACGACGGGCGGCGCCUGCGCUGGUCUGCAGCUUCGGGCGAGCGCGCAGGCGAUACCCGAAGAAGAAAACGACGCUCCGGGCCGCUGUGGAGGUGGCCCAGGGCCAGAGCGAGGCAGGGCUCCAGUCACGAGUGGUAGGAAGCAGAGAGUGGUAGUUCGACAGCAAGGUAAAGCUCGCCGUGCAAUCUGCAGCCACUAUCAAUUCGAUUGCGGCAGGCCUGGGAGCACGUGGGUAGACAGGCAAAGACUGUCCUGUUGCCCAUCGUUCUCUUCGUUUCGUCGUGUUUUGGUUUCACCGCGAUGGCUCGCUUAGGAGUAGCGACGCAUACUUCUUGGCUCGUUUCUUUGUGUUGGCAGGUUUGCAUUUUACUACCCUGCUCAGUGGCAGUGUUGGACGCGCACUAGUACAUGUUCCGCAGCUUGCAAACAAUCCAAUAUUGAAGUAGCCAGCCGGGUGAGCGGCCAACAUGUUGGUGCAUGUUUAUUCCCACAUCCAAAGGAUGGGAUUGUGUGAUUCCCCAUAUCCAAAGGGUGGGGCUCUUGUUAUUACUCCGACCGCGCCGACUCCUUCGCUCACUCACGCUCCCUCCUUUUCUUCCUUCUCAUGCCGUUCUAUGCUAUGAUCUGGCAUGGUAUUAUAUGUUAUAUUUUAUUGUGCGGGCCCCGCGCUGGUCGGCCUGGCUGUAUGGCAUCAUGCCAUCCCUCCCGCCUCGUCUCGUCGGCUCCGUUGCCGCCGCGCGGGGUUUGCUACUCGGCGGCGUCCCUGGAGGAGAACUGCCUCCCCUUACCCCCUUGAUGGCACAUUAAUCCGGCUAUUGAACUUUGCUUUCUCUAGCUGCCUACUUCACCAUCUGAUCUCUCACUCUUCUGUCUGUUCUGCUUCUCCGUUGGACAGUCGGAAACAUGUCUAAACGUGCGGGGACUGCGACGGGCUCGACACCUGAGAAAA